AUGCCCUCCUCAAAAAGAAAAAGAACGGAAAGGGUCUUUCGCCCUCCACCUAUUACCCCCUGUACCUCCAAGUCGAGGCCUGGUUUCGAUUCUCAUGUUACAAGCGAACCAACCACAACACAGAGAAGUUCAUUCUUCCAAGCAUCACCCUCAGUCACAAGACAGGAAAUAACUCCAUUCCGAGCAGAGACGCAUCUUGAAGAUGAUGACUCGGACAUUUUCCCUGAUGAUGACCUUGGCCAUAUCAUCGUCGCUAUCGACAUCAAGAAUCACGGGACCGUAGGAUGCUCAUAUUAUUCUGCAGAGAAAGAAACACUUUAUCUACUUGAGGAUAGUUCAUCGGGUGGAGUGGAGAUAGUUGAAGCUUUGAUUACACAGAUCAAGCCUACUGUCAUAUUGACACCACCGAGAGUUGAUAUUCUCGGUAUUCGAGGUCAAAAACAGAAUACUGCACAUGAGAGUGAUUCAUCAUCUUAUCUGCCAUAUCAAAUUGAUGUUUGUCCAACACAGGAUUUCAGUAUAUCCAGUGCGCAGAACAGACUGGUUGCCCUCGAUGUAUCAUCCUCUCACGAGGAUCGAGUUCGUUUCUUUGUGCCCCACGACGGUCUCACAGGAUCCGAGGAAGUGAAUCCUGAAGAAAUGGGAUUCACGCUCCAUGAAGGUCGACUUUUACACAUAUCGAGUUCUGUUGAUAUGGAGAAUCCCGUAACAAUGGGAUGCGUAGGCGCUGUCCUUACCUAUUUACAGAAACGAAGAGCCACAAGCACUGGUCUAGAACAUCCAGAUAGCUGCGGAUUCCGGGUUCGAGCUUUGGAAAUGUUCAGCUUGAAGGAUACUAUGUGGAUUAGUAGCAAUGCUUUGAUAUCUCUUCAGAUUAUCCAAUCCGAAUCCCAUCCCAACAUGUUCAACCAAGGCUCUGGGAAGAAAUCAUCUUCCGGGAAAGAGGGACUUUCACUUUUUGGACUCUUCCGUCGAUUUGCUUACACGCCUCAAGGUCGAGCAUUAUUGAAACAGAUAUUCUUCCGACCAAGUGUCAAUCUUGAUGUCAUUCGUGAAAGACAUGACUUCAUCGCAGUAUUCUCGCGACCGGAUAAUAUGGCUGCGGUCGAGAAAAUGGCGAAAACCUUGAAGCAUAUCAAGAAUCUUCGACCUACGAUGAUCAAUCUGCACAAAGGGAUCAACACAGGAAGUGGGAAUACAACUGGAUUCAAGGCUACUGUUUGGGAAAGCUUGCUAGCUUUUGCUUUCCACACAAUGGAUCUUCGUGUUUCCUUGCAAGAAAUUGCCGGGGCAGAAAGGUUGAGUUUGCCAACAAAGGCCCUUCGAGUAUUUGAAGCAGCACCACUACUCAGACUGGGACAAAUGAUUCAAGAGAUAGUUGACAUUGACGGCUCAGACGAACAAGGAAGAGCCGUGGUCAAACAGGGUCUUGAUCGAGAUCUUGACCGCAUGAAAGAUUGCUAUGACGGCUUGGGUAGUCUCCUCAAACAUGUCGCCCUCGAAAUCACAACCAACAUCCCGCGGGAUGUGGAAGUCGAUUUGAACAUUAUCUACUUUCCUCAACUUGGGUUCAAUAUCGCCAUUGGUCUCAAUGACAAGGGAGAGCCUGGGUACUCAGGAACUCGGGAGGACUGGGAGCUGGUAUUCAUUACAGAAACUCGAGCUUACUUCAAAGAUUUUCGCAUGAGAGAGCUGGAUGAGAAACUCGGCGACAUUUAUGGUUCGAUAUGCGAGAAAGAAAUUGAGAUCAUCUAUGAUUUGGCUCAGAUAGUACUCCAAUACGAGACUGUCCUAGUAGAGGCAUCUGAUGUCUGUGGAGAGAUUGAUUGCUAUCUUGCUCUUACACAGACUGCCAGCUUCUACCAUCUGACUCGGCCAAGGAUGACAUCUGAAAACUUGAUCCAGAUCAAGGGUGGCAGACACCUGUUGCAGGAGCUGACUGUGUCCUCCUAUGUUCCAAAUGAUACCUUGCUCAUGGGUGGGACUCAAAGCUCAGAGACAACCUCGUCCACGAAUGAAGCGCCCAGCAUGCUCUUGCUCACUGGACCAAAUUACUCGGGGAAGAGUGUCUACAUGAAGCAGAUUGCCCUAAUCGUUUAUCUGGCCCAGAUUGGGAGCUUUGUUCCGGCAGAGAGUGCAGCGCUGGGGAUCACAGACAAGAUAUUGACAAAAAUAAACACCCAAGAGAGUGUAUCAAAGAUUCAAAGCACCUUCAUGAAUGAUCUGCAGCAGAUUUCCCUUUGUCUCAAACAAGUCACUGGUCGGAGCUUGGUGCUUAUUGACGAGUUCGGAAAAGGGACGAAUGAAAGCGAUGGCAUCGGUCUAGCUUGUGGAAUAUUCGAGCAUUUGCUCAAUCUAGAAGAACCGCCGAAGGUCCUUGGUGCCACUCAUUUCCACGAGAUAUUCGAGAACGAUUUCCUUCCCUUGCGACCGAGGCUACAACUAGGGCAUAUGGAGGUCAAAGUUUGCGAGGAGACCCCAGAAAUAGAAGAUCAGGUCACAUACCUAUACAACUUUCGAAAGGGGCGAAGCAACAAGAGCUUUGGUACAAUCUGUGCCGCAAUCAAUGGUAUAGACGCUUCCAUUGUGUCACGCGCAAAUGAGAUCGCCUCACUUGCUGCCCGAGGGGAGAACCUCAUCGCCGCCUGUGCCGCCAUCACCGCUGAAGAAAUGCAGGCACUCCAGCACGCAGACUCAUUGGCAAGAAAAUUCCUCGAAGUAGACCUCACAGGCACCGAGGGCUCGCAGCGGGAUGCAAAAUCCAUUUUUGAAGAUCUUUUCGAGUCAACCGACUAG